CGACCCGAUCUUUACUUCCUCAACUUUCACUAUCUCAUCUUCAACCACCUUCAAAGCCUUUCUCACCUCAACGCUUCAUAAAGAUGAUCAACACUACCGCAUCAGAUGGGAAACCAAUCGUACCUAACUUUCCUGUCACGCCUCGUCCUACCGAUCUCACUCAAAGAACUCCAGCAAGUCGUGCAGCAUGUGUGAUAAUUGGAGAUGAGAUUCUUAAUGGGAAAACACUCGAUACUAACUCACAUCAUCUGGCUGGUUUACUAUUUCGAUCGGGUAUAUCACUUGAUAAGAUUGAGAUUGUUCCUGAUAUUGAAGCGGAGAUUGUCGAGUGUGUUCGUCGGCUCUCAGAGCCUGAGUCAAAGUUUGAUUUGAUCUUCACAUCUGGCGGGAUUGGACCAACGCAUGAUGACAUCACCUACCAAUCCCUUGCCAAAGUAUGGGAUCCAGCCGGUGAACUGGAGUACGAUGCCGAAACUAUCACUCGCAUGGAUACUUACAUGUCAGGACGUAACUCUACUGCCAAACUCAACCCAGCUCAGCAUGAAGCAAGGAGACGAAUGGCACUGUUUCCGAAAAUGGAUCGUGAGGUACUCUUUGUGGUCCCACAUCUUUGGGUUCCUGUUGUUCAGCUACGACGGCGUCUGUUCAUUCUACCCGGUGUACCUACCUUAUUCACCCAACUAGCCGACGCUCUCGUCGAAAACUACAUCCCUCUGCCACCUAAAGCCAAUCAACCACAUCGUCAAUUUGUGGUGACAUCUUUAACGGAAUCGAGUAUUGCACCAUGCCUCAGUCGAUUUGCUACACAGCUGGCACCAGCUGGGAUCAAACUGGGUUCUUAUCCGAACUUUAGUAGUGGUCAAGUGACAAUUUCACUUAUUGGACCUGACUUUAGUCAACUUUCAAAAGCUGCACUUGAACUUGAACAUCAACUUGAAGAGCUUUAUGAGAAUUGAAGAAAACAUCAUUCGAUUUCAGAAAAAAUAAAUAAAUAAAAAUACAUCCAGAAACAAAAUCAUUCAUCUUUAACUAAUACAUUUUGAAGAUGAAUAAUCUAAACAAACUCGUUUUUUUUCUAUAUCUACCUAAUCUACUUUUUUUGCAUGAGUUUAAUAAUGGCUCCUUGGUUUGUCGUCAUCAUGUCAACAAGGAGUUCAAAUCUAUACAUGUAAAACUAUCUCAAACAUUAUUCGUACUAUUCUAAUCAUUAUCUUAGGUACGAUCGUAUCACAUUUCUCUACAUCCUUUAAUUAUUCAAGUCUUCGAAUCAUAUGGGGUUUCAUUCUUUUCAAAAGUCUUUUGCCUUUUUCGAAAAACAUUACCCAAGGCUCUCAUCUCGUCCUUACAUUUGAUUUGUAAUCUUUAAUCUUACUUUUUCUUUUCUUUUCCGUAGUGUAUUCAAUUCAGUGUUCAUUCCUUUCAGAAUGUGGUACUCUUUUUUUGAGGUUAAUUAUCUUAUGUAAUCAAUACAAAUUUUUAUCGUUUUAC